AUGGCAGCAGCCACAACGGCGGUUACUGCUGUUUGGAAGAUAGCAGGAUCGUACUUAGGAGGUGGUGGCGGCGGCGGAUUCGUUGGAGGGUUGUUUUUCUAUCUGUUGGACUUCUUUGGAGUGCUUCCAUCACUACUUCCGAUCUUUGCAUACUAUUUCCAAAAUUUGUAUAUGCAGAUUCAAGUCAGCAGAGCUAGAAAGAAGUAUAAUGUUUCAUACCCAGCACUCUACGCCACUAAAGGAGAUACCAAGGAUUACAAACUCUUCAACUGUAUUCAGAGAGGGCAUCAGAAUUCGUUGGAAUCUCUGACGAUCUUCUUUGUUUUGAUGGUUUUGGGAGGAUUUAAACACCCACUUAUAUUUUCAACUUUGGGAUUAGCGCACACAGUUACUCGGUCUUUCUAUUUCAAGGGUUACUCCUCCGGUGAUCCUAAGGGACGUCUCCCGAUUGGGUAUGUGAAUUCUAGUGAUAAACCCUUAGGAUUCAACGUUCUUGAAAAAGCAAAGAUAAAUUGCGAUCCAAAUUGA